AGCGCCAUGUCAGCUCCUACAGCUGUGGAAUAGAAAGAGGCGCAUCUUGCGACUCAAGAGUCCGUUUUGGGCUCGAUACCCAGCAUGUUCGAGGGCAGCGGGUUGCAGCACGGCUCCCCAGCGAUGGGGGCAGCGGGGUUGGCCCCUGCUGCUCCCGGGGGAGGAGGAGGUGAAACGGAGAACUCUGGUGCCGCUGUGGGAUCAGAUCGUAUUGCCGUAAAGAAGGCGCAGCUACGCUGUGCUCCACGGCCAAAGAAACUGGAGAAACUCGCAGUAUAUUCUUCUUGUAAGGCUGAAGAGUCCUGUAAGUGUAAUGGGUGGAAGAACCAAAACCCCCCUCCUACUCCACCCAGGGUAGAUUUACAGCAGAGCACAAUUAGCCUGUGCGAACCCUGCCGUGGCUGCAGUCAUUCACUGGCUGAUCAUGUGUCUCAUUUAGAAAACGUGUCAGAAGAAGAAAUGAACCGACUGUUGGGGAUAGCGCUGGAUGUGGAGUACCUGUUCACCUGUGUGCACAAGGAAGAGGAUGCAGAUACUAAACAAGUUUAUUUCUACCUCUUCAAACUUUUGAGAAAAUGUAUAUUGCAGAUGGGUAAACCUGUGGUGGAAGGAGCCUUAGAAAACCCUCCUUUUGAAAAGCCAAGCAUUGAACAGGGAGUUAAUAACUUUGUGCAGCAUAAAUUCAGCCAUCUUCCAUCUAAGGAAAGGCAGACAAUUGUUGAACUGGCAAAGAUGUUUCUAAAUCAGAUCAACUACUGGCAGCUAGAGACGCCAUCUCAGAGAAGACUUCGGUCACCCAACGACGACGCUGCAGGAUACAAAGUGAAUUACACCAGGUGGCUGUGCUACUGUAAUGUCCCCCAGUUUUGUGACAGCCUACCUUGCCACGAGACCACCCAGGUUUUUGGGAGAACACUACUUCGAUCAGUAUUUACAGUCUUGAGAAGGCAGUUAUUGGAACAGGCCAGGCAAGAGAAAGACAAGCUCUCACCAGAAAAACGAACACUGAUCCUCACACACUCUCCAAAAUUCCUGUCUAUGUUAGAAGAGGAAGUUUACAGUCACAAUUCUCCAAUUUGGGAUGAAGAGUUUAUGGCAUCAUCUUCUAGGGGUGGUCAGUUAGGGAUACUGUCAGUGAUCAGUCCUCCUCCUGUGGCCAGACCCUUUUCUUACAAUAAUAGCCAAACCACUAUCGACCCAGCAAAUGGUGGAAGCCUCAGCCCGACGUGCAAAGCCUCCUCUGUCCUUGAACCAAGUCUAGGAGAAAAACGUAAAUCUGCUGAACCCUUCAUUCACGAAGAGACAAAAAGACCCCGUGUUGUGGGAGAUAUUCCUAUGGAAUUAAUUAAUGAAGUCAUGUCAACAAUCACAGAUCCAGCGGCAAUGCUGGGACCAGAGACCAGUUUUCUGUCAGCACACUCAGCCAGAGAUGAAGCUGCCAGGCUGGAAGAGCGACGGGGGGUGAUUGAAUUUCAUGUUGUGGGAAACUCCCUAACCCAGAAGCCAAAUAAAAACAUCAUGAUCUGGCUGGUCGGUCUGCAGAAUGUGUUUUCACAUCAACUUCCAAGAAUGCCCAAGGAGUAUAUUACACGGCUUGUGUUUGACCCGAAGCACCAAACCCUUGCAUUGGUCAAAGAUGGCCGUGUGAUUGGAGGGAUCUGUUUCAGAAUGUUUCCUUCACAAAGCUUCACUGAAAUUGUUUUCUGUGCCGUCACCUCAAAUGAACAAGUUAAAGGCUAUGGAACUCAUCUAAUGAAUCACCUGAAGGAAUACCACAUCAAGCAUGGUAUUCUGAACUUUCUAACAUAUGCAGAUGAGUACGCCAUUGGAUACUUCAAAAAACAGGGAUUCUCCAAGGACAUAAAAGUACCAAAAGCAAAAUAUGUUGGUUAUAUCAAGGAUUAUGAAGGUGCUACAUUAAUGGGUUGUGAACUGAAUCCAAGAAUCCCAUACACAGAACUUUCAGUCAUCAUAAAGAAACAAAAAGAGAUUAUUAAAAAGCUGAUUGAAAGGAAGCAAGCACAGAUUCGAAAAGUAUAUCCUGGACUAUCCUGUUUUAAGGAAGGUUUACGGCAGAUCCCUAUUGAAAGCAUUCCUGGCAUAAGUAUGUAUGGUGAAACUGGAUGGAAACCUAUUGGAAAAGGGAAGGAGCCUAAGGACCCUGAUCAACUUUACAGCACCAUAAAAAAUGUCUUGCACCAAGUGAAGAGCCAUCAGAAUGCGUGGCCGUUCAUGGAACCAGUCAAAAAAACAGAGGCUCCUGGGUAUUAUCAAGUGAUCCGCUUCCCCAUGGAUCUGAAAACGAUGAGUGAGCGUCUUAAAAAUCGGUACUAUUCGUCAAAGAAGCUAUUCAUGGCUGACAUGCAACGGAUCUUUACGAACUGUAGAGAGUACAAUCCUCCAGAGAGCGAAUACUACAAGUGUGCAAACAUACUCGAGAAAUUUUUUUAUACUAAAAUAAAAGAAGCUGGUUUAAUUGAAAAAUGAAUACGAGUUAUAUAUU